CUCCUCCACCGCCUCCGCGCCCGCCAAGCCCUCCACCUCCUCGACGCCAACUCCCUCUCCCUCGCCUCCUCCGCCGCCGCCCGCUCCAACAACCCCCACCUCGCCUAUUCCCUCCUCCUCUCCAUGCUCCGACGCGGCCUCCUCCCCGACCGCCGCGCCUACACCGCCGCCCUCGCGCGCCUCCCUCCUUCCCGCGCCCUCCGCCUCUUCGACGCCCUCCUCCACCACCUCCGCCACCACCACAAUAAAACUAAUUCCCUCCCCGACACCGCCGCCUUCAACGCCGCGCUCAGCGCCUGCGCUGACGCCGGAGACUGCAUCCGCUUCCGCCACCUCUUCGACCAGAUGCCCGCCUGGAACGCGCCGCCUGACGCGCUCACCUACAACGUCCUCAUCAAGAUGUGCGCGCGCGCCGGCCGCAAGGACCUCGUCGCGCGCGUGCUCCACCGGAUCCUCUCCUCUGGUCUCACCCCCUGCGCCACCACGUUCCACUCCCUCGUCGCCGCCUACGUCGGCUUCGGCGACAUCCCCACGGCCGAGAGGAUCGUGCAGGCCAUGCGCGAAAGACGCACCGACAUCUGCUUGCUGUUCCGGGCUGUCGCGGACGACCACAUAAUCAGCCACGACCAGCAGAGCUGUGUGCUGGAGGACAUCGUCAAGCCGUGGGAACAAGACGAGGUGCCGCUGCUUCCCAAGGCUUACCCGCCCAACUCCAGGGUGUACACCACGCUCAUGAAGGGGUACAUGAACGCCGGGCGCGUGGAGGACGUGGUGGCCAUGCUGCGCGCGAUGCGGCGAGAGGGAGAGACGUCGCCAGCGAGCCGCCCCGACCACGUCACCUACACCACGGUCAUCUCCACGCUGGUGGCGGCCGGGGACAUGGAGCGAGCGCGCGCCGUGCUGGAGGAGAUGGGGCAAGCAGGGGUGGCAGCCAGCCGCGUGACAUACAACGUCCUCAUCAAGGGCUACUGCCAGCAGCUGCAGGCCGGAAAGGCCAAGGAGCUCCUCGCCGUAGACAUGGCUGAGGCGGGCAUCCAGCCCGACGUGGUGACGUACAACACGCUGAUCGACGGGUGCGUGCUGACGGACGACAGCGCGGGCGCGGUGGCGCUGUUCAACGAGAUGCGCGAGCGGGGCAUCGCGCCGUCGGCGGUGAGCUACACGACGCUGAUGAAGGCGUUCGCGGCGUCGGGGCAGCCGAAGCUGGCGCACAAGGUGUUCGAUGAAAUGGAGAAGGACCCGCGGGUGGCGGUGGACAGGGCGGCGUGGAACAUGCUGGUGGAGGCGUACUGCAGGCUGGGGCUGCUGGAGUCGGCGAAGAAGGUGGUGGAGAGGAUGAAGGCGCGGGGAGUGCAGCCGGACGUGGCGACGUACGGGAGCCUGGCGAAGGGGAUCGCGGUGGCGAGGCGGCCGGGGGAGGCGCUGCUGCUGUGGGAGGAGAUAAAGGAGAAGGAGGUGGACGGGGAGGUGGUGGAGGCGCUGGCGGACGUGUGCGUGCGGGCGGCGCUGUUCAGGAAGGCGCUGGAGAUGGUGGCGAGGAUGGAGGAGAUGGGGGUGGAGCCCAACAAGGCCAAGUACAAGAGGAUGUACGUGGACCUGCACUCGCGGAUGUUCACCAGCAAGCACGCGUCGCAGGCGAGGCAGGAUCGGAGGCGGGAGAGGAAGCGCGCCGCGGAGGCAUUCAAGUUCUGGCUCGGCCUCCCCAACUCCUACUACGCCACCGACUGGCGCCUCCAAGACGACGGCCUCAACUAACACAACACCCUACUACACUACUAAUGAUAAUGUUAAAUCUUAACACAUGUUUUAUGUACUACUCCUACAGUCCAUGAAGCUACUUGCUUCCCUUGCUCAUCUAUCAUAUUAUUAAAGAAAUAGAAAAAGGAAUCUCCACGUUCGCUCUCA